CGCUGCAUUAAAAUUUGAUUUUUGUGUGGGAAGAAGUACGAUUGGAGUGAUCGUAAAAGACACUUGUAAAGUGAUAUGGUCAACUUUAAAUUCAAAAGAGAUGCCUAAACCGACUAAAGAAGAUUGGGUGGAAAUAUCAAAUAUAUUUUAUACUAAAACAAAUUUUCCAAAUUGUCUAGGAGCAAUAGACGGCAAACAUAUAAGGUGUAGAAAUCCUAACAACUCCGGUUCGUUCUACUUUAAUUAUAAGAAGUAUUUCUCUAUCGUUUUGAUGGCAAUAGUUGAUGCAAAUUUGAAUUUCGUUGUAAUCGAUGUGGGUUCAUAUGGUCGUGAAGGGGACUCCAAUGUUCUCAAGGAGUGUGCAUUUGGUAAACAAUUAUAUGAAGGUAAAUUGAACAUACCAGAACCAGUUACUUUACCAAAUACAAGUACCAAUCCACAACCGUAUGUGUUUAUUGGAGAUGAAGCGUUUGCUUUACAUUCAAAUUUACUUAGACCGUACCCUGGACGUAACCUUACUGAUUCCCGAAGAGUUUUCAACUACCGAUUAUCCAGAGCAAGGCGCACAGUCGAAUGUGCAUUUGGAGUCCUCGCGAAUAAAUGGCGUGUUUUACAUACGGCUAUCCAGGUGGAGCCAGAUUUUACGGACGACAUUAUAAAAGCAUGUUGCAUACUGCACAACUUCGUUCGUAAAAGAGAUGGUAUAAAUUAUGAAGAUUCUGAAACGCACAACUUAGAAGAGAUUGAAGCUCGUGGAACAGGGACUCGUUCGCAUGGAAUUGAAGUGAGAGAUUACUUUGUCAACUACUUUAUGGGCCCAGGAGCAGUAGAUUUUCAAUACGACAUGAUUUGA